AUGGCGGAGCCCGCGCCGGGGCACCUGUCGCUGCCCUCGGGGCUGCUGGAGUUGUGUGCGCUGCUCGGGGCCUCCCGGGACAGUCUCCGCGGCGCCGGACAGGUUGCUCAGAAGAAAGGAAUGGAGAACCCUUCUCUUGGCCCUGAGGUUCUGUCGGUUUUUGUGCCUCCCUUUAUCAACAAGGGAGAGAGUUACAUGCCCAGUUCAAACUAUGACACCCUGGGUAAAACCAGACGGCGUUCCUUCCGAAAGAAGAGAGACAGAUCCAAACCUGAGCACUGGACAGGCUCCCCCGGGGACCUGAACAUGCCAGAGCCUGAGGACAUCAGUGUCCCUAACGACGUGGACCUGCUUGCUCUGCCCCAGCUCUGCUUCCCAGGAGGUGUGUGUGUAUCCCCUGAGCCCAAGGAGGAUUGUAUCCACUUCCUGGUUUUGACCGAUGUGUGUGGAAACAGGACAUAUGGCGUGGUUGCCCAGUAUUACCGACCAGUGCACGAUGAAUACUGUUUCUACAAUGGCAAAACACACUGGGAGUCGUCCCGGCAGACGGUGAGCACGGCCGGCUGCUACGUGCCCUUUGCGGUGUGUGUCAUCUCUCGAUACCCAUAUUACAACGCCCUCAAAGACUGCCUCUCCUGUUUAUUGACUCACCUGAAACUCUGUAAAGAUUUUGAAGUUGAUGAUCAUAUCAAAGAAUUUGCUGCAAAACUCUCUUUGAUACCUAGCCCUCCACCAGGACCGCUCCAUUUGAUAUUCAACAUGAAACCCCUACAGAUUGUGUUUCCUUCGAGAGUGGAUCCCGAGAGCCCCAUCAUUGACUUGGACCUUCACCUGCCCUUACUGUGCUUUACACCUGAGAAGGUGUUACAGGUCCUCACGUGCAUGCUCACUGAGCAGCGGAUGGUCUUUUUCUCCUCGGACUGGGCCCUGCUGACGCUGGUGGCUGAGUGCUUCCUGAUCUACCUGUACCCUCUGCACUGGCAGCACACCUUCGUGCCCAUUCUGUCGGGCCAGAUGCUGGACUUUGUCAUGGCGCCCACCUCCUUCCUCAUGGGCUGUCACCUCGACCACUUUGAAGAAGUCAGCAAGGAAGCCGACGGUUUGAUUCUGAUAAAUAUCGACAGUGGAAGUGUCACCUGCUCAAAGCCCUCGGGCGACGUGAACAUCCCUGACGUCCCUCUGCUUGCUGCCCAGAUGUUCAUCCAGAGGGUGCAAGGCCUGCAGUUGCAUCAGGACCUGGACCGCGCACACCAAAGCACCAGCACGGAUGUGAACGAGGCUCAGGCCCGCCGGCGCGCCUGGCAGCAGAAACUCAACGGGCAGAUCCAGCAGGUCACGCUCCAGCUCCUGGUCAGCAUUUUCAGGGAAGUGAAGAAUCAUUUAAACUAUGAACACCGUGUAUUUCAUAGUGAGGAAUUUCUGAAAACAAGAGCCCCAGGGGACCAGCAGUUUUAUAAACAGGUUUUAGAUACCUACAUGUUCCACUCGUUCCUGAAAGCCCGACUCAGCCGGCGGAUGGAUGCCUUCGCACACCUGGAGCUCAGCAUGCAGUCGGAGGAAGAAAGGAUAAACGGGAUGCCUGCCGGUUCCAGAAGACCAACCGUCCAGAAGAUGGCUUUACGCAAGUCCUCCCCGCUGCACGCGGCUCACAGGCGCAUGGUGGUCAGCAUGCCCAACCUCCAGGACAUCACCAUCCCUGAACUUCCGCCCCGGAACUCCUCCCUCCGUAGCGUCAGCCCCUCGAGCUGCGGCAGCGUCAGCACAGUUCCGAAUUUUUCCACUAAGUCAACCUAUACAUUCAAGAUCCCAGAAAUCCACUUUCCCCUGGUGGCACAGUGUGUUCACAUUUACUACACGGACUUCGUUGAGCUGCUGACCAAAGCCAUGAGCCUCCUGGGCCCUGACCACUCGGUGCUGCUGGCCCGCUACUUCUACCUCCGAGGGCUCAUCCAUCUGACUCAGGGGAAGCUGCUCAGUGCCCUCUUGGACUUCCAAAGCCUGUACAAGACGGACAUCAGGAUUUUCCCUGCUGACCUGGUGAAGCGGACAGUGGCGUCCAUGUCCGCCCCUGAGCGGGCCCAGACUGAGCGGACCCCUGAGCUGAAAAGGCUCAUCCAUGAGGUUGUGGACAAGCCCGGGGAGGUGGCCAAGUCAGACGACCAUGUGAAGAAAUUCGAGCUGCCCAGGAAACACAUGCAGCUGGAGGACUUUGUGAAGCACGUUCAGGAGUCGGGGCUCGUGAAGGACACUAGCACCAUCCACUGCCUGUUUGAGGCGCUGACUGUAGAACACCAGAAACAGAUCAACCCAGAAACGUUCAGAGACUUGUACAACUGCUGGAAGGAGACGGAAGCCGAGGCGCAGGAGGUCAGCCUGCCCGCGGCAGUGAUGGGGCACCUGGACAAGAACGAGUGUGUCUACAAGCUGUCCAGCUCCGUCAAGACCACCUGUGGCGUCGGCAAGAUUGCCAUGACGCAGAAGCGCCUGUUCCUGCUUACCGAAGGGAGACCCGGCUACGUGGAGAUCUCCACCUUCCGGAACAUCGAGGAAGUCAAAAAUACCACAGUAGUGUUCCUGCUCCUGAGAAUCCCCACUUUAAAAAUUAAAACGGUGUCCAGAAGAGAAGUCUUUGAAGCAAACCUUAAAACAGAGUGUGACCUGUGGUACCUCAUGGUGAAGGAGAUGUGGGCCGGGAAGAAGCUGGCAGAUGACCACAAGGACCCUCAGUACAUCCAGCAAGCACUGACCAAUGUGCUGCUGAUGGAUGCUGUGGUCGGCACGUUGCAGUCUUCCAGCGCCAUCCAGGCUGCCUCCAAGCUGUCUUAUUUUGACAAGAUGAAGAAUGAAAUGCCCAUGGCUGUUCCAACAACCACCUUGGAGACUCUGAAACACAAGAUUAACCCUUCAGCAGGGGAGACUCAGCCUCAAGCCAUUGACGUCCUGCUGUACACGCCAGGGCAUCUUGACCCAGCGGAGAAGAUUGCAGACGCACGUCCCAAGUUGUGGUGUGCGCUGAGUGAAGGCAAGGUGGUUGUAUUCGACGCCUCCUCAUGGACCAUCCUCCAGCACUGCUUCAAAGUGGGAGCUUCGAAAUUGAACUGCAUGGUGAUGGCCGAGCAGAACCAGGUGUGGAUUGGCUCCGAGGACUCUGUCAUCUACAUCAUCAACAUCCACAGCAUGUCCUGCAACAAACAGCUCACUGACCACCGGGCCAGCGUGGUGGAUUUGGUCAUGUCAGAUGGAGAGAUGGCGCCCAGUGAGGUGUACUCCUGCAGCCGAGAUGGCACAGUGCUGGCCUGGAACGUGAGCACGCUGCGGGUUACCAGCAGGUUCCAGGUGCCGGGACGAGCCCUGACUUCUGCCAGACUCCACCAGGGCCACCUGUGGUGCUGCACGGGGGACAGCAUCGUGGUGGUGACACCGAAUGGAUUCUUUCGUCAAGAAUUGAAACUCCAGGAGCCAAGCAGCAUCUUCCAGCUGAUUUCAGAGCAGGAGCAGCUCUGGGCGGCCUGUUCGGGGUGCAGCGAGGUCCUCAUCUGGAGUCUGCGGGACCUGGACCAGCCCCCUGAGAGGAUCCCCCUGCAGGACUGCGUGGAGGUCAGCUGCAUGAUCAGAGUGAAGAAACAGAUCUGGGUGGGCGGCCGGGGACCAUCACAGGGACAGCCCAAAGGGAAAAUCUACGUGAUCGAUGCUGAGAGGAAGACGGUGGACAAGGAGCUGUUGGCACACGCAGACUUGGUGACAACUCUUUGCUCGGCUGAAGACCGCUAUGUGCUGAGUGGCUCUGGCAGGGGCGAGGGCAAGAUUGCCAUCUGGAAAAUCGAGUGA